GCAACAUGAGUCUUUAACUCGCACAUCGGCCAGACCAGUGACUAACUUGUAUCCCCAUUAUCAAGUAGACUCAUCACCACAGCUUCUAUCCACAGUUCAAGUCACAUCUCAUCCGACAUCGCCUCCCACUUCGGACCCGAAGCCCGAAGUCAUGAUGCCGCAGCGGGCCGCAUAUCUCCAUGUCUACCUAUGCGGGGUAGCUUCAAAGAUGGUCUAGCUUCCAACCUCUCACUCAGCCUAGAUGAACCUUUAGUCCUUUACAGACCCAGUGACAGUUUAUCUUACAGACCAAUGCUGGAAGAAGCGCCGAGGCAUCCGCUGGGUAAAACCAUUGAAGCAUUUAAUACUGUGUAGAUAGAAAUGGGCUGGCUUGGUUUGGUUUCCCCGCUCGUUGCUGAGCAUGCCAUCCUCAGCUGAUCUAUAUAACCACUCCUCUACCCCAACAUCUUUCUGUAUCUGUGUUUAUGUCUAAGUGAUUCAAAAUGGCUGCAGCUGGUCAUAUCCGUCUUGGAACCGCCUCCCCAGGCACCCAAUCCUCCACCGCCUCCACAAUCGCCCUCAUCGACACCCUCGCCCAGCGCGCAUCCUCAUCACACAUCGACAUCCUCCUGCUCCCCGAGGCCUUCAUCGGUGGGUAUCCCCGCGGCAGCUCCUUCGGCUGCGAGAUUGGUAAUCGCAGUGCAGAAGGGCGCGAUGAAUUCGCUCGCUACUUCGAUUCUGCUAUUGAUCUUGGAGACACCGUUGGGCCUGGCGGUGGUGGUGCGGGGAUCAAGUGGGUGAAGAGACAGCUUGGUGAGGAGGAUGAAGUCCGUGGUGAUGGCUCGCGCGAGGAGUUGGAGCGCAUUGCGAGGGAUACGGGUGUUUUUAUCGUGGUGGGGUGUAUUGAGAAGGCGGGUGGGAGCUUGUAUUGCUCUGUUGUUUAUGUCUGUCCCAAGCAGGGUAUGCUUGGAAAGCGUCGCAAAGUCCUCCCUACUGGCUCUGAGCGCCUCAUCUGGGCUCAAGGCUCACCCAGCACCCUCCGCGCCGUGACAACCACCAUCCGCGGCAUACGCAUCAAUCUCGCCGCUGCAAUCUGCUGGGAAAACUACAUGCCGCUCCUUCGCCAAUCGCUCUACGCUCAGAACAUCAAUCUCUACCUUGCGCCUACAGCUGACAACCGCGAUGCAUGGCUUGGCCUCAUGCGAACAGUUGGUGUCGAGGGACGCUGCUUCGUCGUCAGCAGCAACAUGUGCGUUCCCAAGAGCACUUCCUCUGAGACAAACGGUGUGAGACAGCGUCGUGGAUCGUGCAUAACAGAGGAAGGAUUUGAGAUUGCGCUGCCCAAGUCGCCGAGUCGAAGAAGACGUAAGUCUGUGUUUGACGAGGAUGGGAAUGAGAUUGUUCUUGGUUGUGAUGACGACGGUACGAAUAUGCAACCUCCUCCCGCACAGAGCGCUGUAUCUUCUGCAAAAGCAGAGUUUCUAUCUCGUGGUGGUUCAUCGAUUGUCUCGCCGUUUGGAGACGUCAUUGCUGGACCGCAGUGGGAGGAUCCAGAUGGGUUGAUCUUUGCGGAUGUUGAUUUCCGUGAUUGUAUCAGGGGCCGUCUUGAUCUUGACGCUGCGGGGAGUUAUUCGCGAAACGAUGCGUUCAAGUUUAGCGUUGAGGGAUUGAACUUGGAUCCUCUUCCUUAUUGAGGGGACAGAAUGUAUGGAUAUAGUGUAUCAGAUUGUAAUGCUAACGCCUGCUUAUGCUAUGCAAUGUUGUGCUGUGCCUUCUAUGGGUAUUCCUACGCCUCGCUGUUUGAAUGUCAUUAAGUUACUUGG